AUGAUGGUACAAAGCAUAAGAGACCUACAGAAUAUGAAAAGGAGACAAAAAAGCAAAAAACUUGAUGCAAAACGAAAGGGUUCUAAAGGUCAACAAUUAGAGAAUAUAGUUGUAUGCUUCAACUGUCACCAAAGUGGACAUGAAAGCUCACAAUCAAAAGAGUGUCCUAAUCAUAACUCAAGCAAGCAGAAGGAAGUACAAGCACUACUGGGAAAUUAUACCAGCAUAACAAAAAAGAUAAAGUUGGAAACGAUAUUAAAGCCGGAAUACCAAACGCUCUUCAAAGAAAAGGUGCGACAGCUCUUGACAAAAGAGUUUUUACGCAGAACUUUCGGUACUGUAUCGCACAGCUCGUUUAAAAGAACGCAGAGCCAAAAAGCUAUGCCAAGCGACUGCUUUACCUUUUGGGAAACUUUCUCCUCAAGAUAUAAUGUAGCAUAUGACAUGACACCAGUCAGUGAAUACUCCCAUCGUCCAACUGCUGCUUGUAUCAAAACUGCUACUGUAUACACAAGCAAUAUCAAUGAAAGUAUUUAUUUCGUAUACUAUUAUGAAGCUGUUCGUAAACGGACUCCAGUCUGGCCAGAUGAACUUCCGGAAGUUUACAACAAUAAAAAGCCAGCUAUUAAAGACAUCUGUACCGAUUUUCUGUCAACAGAUAUGCCUAGGUACAACGGGAACAAGAAAAAAAAACAUGAUGAAGAAGAUGAAGAAAAAAGUCAAAUGCUUCCACGCUUGUUUUCAUUAUGUCCUGUGACUUCACUGAAGUGGAGGUUCAUAACGCUCAACCCUAACCCUAUUUCAGCUUUUGCUGGUAUAAGUCUCCCAGUCACGUACGAAGGCAAAUAUGAAAUGUUCAGCAAGAUAUUUGAUUUUAAGAGACUCAGACUAAGCAGCUUCCAAGACCUAAAAUAUCCAAACAAGAAGACAAAAUCUGCUGUCUCAAACGUAAUCAGAACCGGCGGCUACGUCGCUGAUGUUAUCAUUAAUAAAAGCUCUCAAACCAAUACGGAAGACUUCACUCAUUAUUCCGACCAAAAUGUCCUAGUGACACUGCUUGGAGAUGUUCUAACUAGUGAAGGCUUGGACAAUACAUCGAUUUGCGCAAUAGAUCCCAACUGUAAUCAAGUAUCUACUGCUUCUUAUGGGGAUUGUGAAACUAAUCAUCAGCUCAGACGGUGCUCUACUAAAGAAUACUACACAUAUACAGGAUCAAAAAGGCAUACGAAAAAGAAAUAA